AUGUCUCUGUGUCAGAGGGAGAAACUGCUGAAAAUUACCAAGUCUUGUUUAAUUACUGGUGUUGAUCUUGGUUUGGACAUUGAGACAGACAUCCCAGACUCCAAAGCCUUCCUGAUCUACAACACGGGGGCACAGGGCUGCCUGGAGACCAAGGACUCCCUGGUGAGACUGGCCAAGAGCUGCAACACCAGUGCCCCUGCCCAGCAGUGGAAAUGGGUCUCUCGGAACCGCCUCUUCAACGUGGGGUCCCUGCAGUGCCUGGGGGUGUCGUGGCACGGGCCCAACACCACGGCAGGGCUGCACCCCUUGGCUACCUACGAGUGCGACCGGGAGUCCAUCAACAUGCGCUGGAGCUGCCGGGGCCUCGGGGAGCAGCUCUCCCAGCAUCUGGGUGCCCGCCCGGGGAAUUCCUCCCUGGAGAGGGGGGACCAGGCGCGGGGUGCCCAGUGGAGGACGUUCGGCACCGAGGAGGACCUGUGCUCCGUGCCCUACUCUGAGAUUUACACCAUCCAGGGCAACUCGCACGGGAAGCCCUGCACCAUCCCCUUCAAGUAUGACAACCAGUGGUUCCACGAGUGCACCAGCACAGGGAGGGAGGAUGGUCACCUCUGGUGUGCUACCACCCAGGACUAUGGCAAGGACGAGCGAUGGGGCUUCUGCCCCAUCAAGAGCAAUGACUGUGAGACCUUCUGGGACAAGGACCAUCUCACCAACAGCUGCUACCAGUUCAACUUCCAGUCGACGCUGUCGUGGCGGGAGGCCUGGAACAGCUGUGAGCAGCAAGGGGCCAACCUGCUCAGCAUCACUGAGAUCCACGAGCAGACCUACAUCAAUGGACUGCUGACAGGGUACAGCUCUACACUCUGGAUUGGACUCAACGACCUGGACAUCAAUGGAGGCUGGCAGUGGUCGGACAACUCGCCCCUCAAGUACCUCAACUGGGAGAGUGACCAGCCAGACAACCCCAGCGAGGAGAACUGCGGGGUGAUCCGCACCGAGUCCUCCGGGGGGUGGCAGAACCGCGACUGCGGCAUCGCCCUCCCCUACGUCUGCAAGAAGAAGCCCAACGCCACAGCAGACCCCUUCCUGACGGACUCGUGGUCAGAGGUGAAGGUGGACUGUGAGCCCAGCUGGCAGCCCUUCCAGUCCAACUGCUACCGCCUGGUGGGAGAGAAGAAGAGCUGGCAGGAGGCAAAGAAGACCUGCCUGAGAAGUGGGGGGGACCUGGUCAGCAUCCACACCCUCUCCGAGCUGGAGUUUGUCACCAAGCAGAUCAAGCAAGACGUGGAGGAGCUCUGGAUUGGCCUAAAUGACCUCAAGCUGCAGAUGAACUUUGAGUGGUCGGAUGGGACACCCGUGAGGUUCACCUACUGGCAUCCCUUUGAGCCCAACAACUUCCGUGACAGCCUGGAAGACUGUGUGACCAUCUGGGGACCGGAAGGGAGGUGGAAUGACAGCCCGUGCAACCAGACCCUGCCAUCCAUCUGCAAAAAGCCUGGUCGGGUGAGCCAGGAGAAGGAGGAGGAUGACCAUGGGUGCCGAAAGGGCUGGAAGUGGCACAGCCCCUCUUGCUUCUGGCUGGGCGAGGACCGUGUCCCCUACAGCGACGCUCGCAGGACCUGCUCUGAUUACAGCUCCACGCUGGUCACCAUCACCAACAGGUUUGAGCAGGCCUAUGUCAGCAGCCUCAUCUACGGCUGGGAUGGGGAGUAUUUCUGGACAGCCCUGCAGGACAUCAACGAGACCGGCGCCUUCCGCUGGCUCAGCGGGGACGAGGUCACCUACACCCACUGGAACCGCGGCCAGCCCGGUUACAACAAGGGUGGCUGCGUGGCCCUGGCCACCGGCAGCUCCAUGGGGCUGUGGGAGGUGAAGAACUGCAGCACCUUCAAGGCCAAGUACAUCUGCCGGCAGAACCUGGGCACCCCGGUCAACCCCGAGCUGCCCGGGCCCUACCCCACACCCAGCCCCUCUGCCACCUGUCCCAUGGGAUGGAGCUCUGACUCCAAGCUCCGACACUGCUACAAGGUGUUCAACUUUGAGAAACUGCAAGAGAAGAGGACGUGGGUCGCGGCGCAGGCGUUUUGCCGGGAGCUGGGGGCCCAGCUGCUCAGCCUGGGCAGCUACGAGGAGGAGCACUUCGUGGCCAACACCCUCAACAAGAUUUUUGGGGAAGUGGAGCCGGAGCUGCACGAGCAGCACUGGUUCUGGAUCGGCCUGAACCGGCGGGACCCUGGGGGGGACCGGAGCUGGAGAUGGAGCGACGGGCUGGGGUUUUUCUACCACAACUUUGACCGCAGCAACUACGAUGACGACGCGGUGCGGACGUGCGCGGUGCUGGACCUGGCCUCCCUGCAGUGGAUGCCCAUGCAGUGUGAAGCCCAGCUGGACUGGAUCUGCAAAGUGCCCAAAGGUGCUGAUGUGAAGGAGCCAGAGAUCACGACCCAAGGCAGCAAAGACUGGGUGAGGUACCAGGAGGCCGAGUACAGGUUCUCUGAGGAUCACUUGACGUGGGUGCAGGCCCAGCGCAUCUGCAUGUGGGUGCAGGCAGAGCUGGCGUCGGUGCACAGCGAGGCCGAGCUGCGGUUCCUGGGCCAGAACCUGAAGAAGUUCUCCAGAGGCCAGGAGCAGCACUGGUGGAUCGGGCUGCACACCUACGAGAACGAUGGGAGGUUCAAGUGGUCUGAUGGGUCCCUCCUCAACUUCAUCUCCUGGGCACCAGGAAAGCCCCGGCCCAUCAACAAGGACAAGAAGUGUGUGUACAUGACGGCCAGCAGAGCCCUUCCCCAGCGUGGCAAGCGCGAGUUCCAGUGGGUGGAGGGCGAGUCGCUGCGCCAUGUGAGCUGGGCACCCGGGGAGCCCUCGGGGGGCAGCACCCCCAGCCCCCGUGACAAGCCGACCAACUGUGUGGUGGUGUGGCACGGAUCACCCCCCCACUUCACCGGGCGCUGGGACGACCGGAGCUGCCUGGAGGAGAAGCACGGCUACAUCUGCCAGAGGAGCAUAGACCCGUCCCUGAGCCCCGCGCGGACGCUGUUCCCCCCCUCGCCCACCGGCACCCUCUUUUACCACAACAGCACUUACCGCAUCCUGCAGAAGCCCCUCAGGUGGCACGAGGCCCUGCUGCUCUGUGAGACCCUCAACGCCAGCCUGGUCACCAUCCUGGACCCCUACAGCCAGGCCUUCCUCACCCAGGCCAUCAGCAGCCUGAGGGCUCCGCUCUGGAUCGGGUUGGCCAAUAACCAGCCCCGGCGGGUCACUGGCUGCACCUACAUGGACACGGACGGGAGCUGGCGCGUGGCCGACUGUGACACCAGGCUGCAGGGGGGCAUCUGCCAGCUCAGAGCAGGUGCCCCCCGCAUGCACAAGUGGAGCUACAGUGGCAGCUGCCCCAAAUCACUGGAGGACUCGUCCUGGAUCCCCUUCCGGGACCACUGCUACACCUUCCACAUGGAGAUCACCCUGGGGCAGAAGGAGGCCAUGAGGAGGUGCCAGAAAGUUGGUGGCACAGUGUUGUCCAUCCAGGACGAGAUGGAGAACAUCUUUGUGUGGGAGCACCUCCAGGCGUAUGAGGGCCCUUCCAAGGGUGCCUGGCUGGGCAUGACCUUCAAUCCCAAAGGUGGCACCCUGGUUUGGCACGACAACAGCGCCGUCAACUACUCCAACUGGGGCCAGCACGACACGGGGCCCAGCAUGCUCAGCCAGAACAGCUGCUACUGGAUCCAGAGCAGCAACGGCCUGUGGCACCUGGGCUCCUGCACCAAUGUCACCAUGGGGGUCAUCUGUAAGAUCCCCCGAGUGGAGGAGAGCAGCUUCUCCAGGGCAGUUCCUGCUCUGGUGCUGGUUCCUUUUGUGGUUGAUCUUCCCUGUACUUCAGAGGGCUUUUUGAUAAGAACCUGCCUCAUGGAGGAGGAUGUGAAUUAG